AGAACAGCCCCUCUAAUGAAUUCAACAGCCCCUAUAAUAAGUUUCUUGCUCAUAAGAUAGGGAGAGAGAGAUGGCGACAUGGAAUUCGAUCCCUCUAGAAAUAACUUAUGAAGUAUUAGGUUGGAUUGCUUUCUUCUCAUGGUCCUUUAGUUUCUACCCACAAGUUAUUCUCAAUUUCAGAAGAAAGAGUGUUGUGGGGUUGAAUUUCGAUUUUGUGGUGCUGAAUUUGACAAAGCAUUCCUCAUAUCUUAUCUACAACGCUUCUCUCUACUUUAGUCCUGUUGUUCAGAGACAAUACCGUGAGAAAUAUGGACUCGGAGAGAUGAUUCCGGUUGCUGCUAAUGAUGUAGCGUUCUCGAUUCAUGCUGUUAUAUUGACAGCAUUCACAUUGUACCAAGUUUAUAUCUAUGAUCGUGGAACUCAAAAGAUUUCGAGGACUUGUCUGGCAAUUAGUUCUGUUGUGUGGGUUUCUGCUGCAGUUUGUGUGUUUAUGGCUUGGCCAAGCCAAUCUUGGCUAUGGCUAGUAACAGUUUUCAACUCCAUACAAGUCUUCAUGACGGUCAUUAAAUAUAUACCCCAGGCCAUCCUGAACUUCACGAGAAAGAGCACUGUGGGAUGGAGCAUCGGCAACAUUUUACUUGAUUUACUUGGCGGAGUGACAAACUAUGCACAAAUGGCCACACAGUCUAUAGACCAGGGUUCUUGGGUGAGCUUUUACGGGAACAUAGGGAAGACCCUGCUUUCUUUGGUAUCCAUAUUCUUCGACCUUCUCUUCAUGGUCCAACAUUACCUGCUGUAUCCUUACAAGAAUGAGAAGUCGUCUUUAGACGCAGAUGCGGCUCAAGAUGACAACACAGCUGCACUGAUCAAAUCCUCCAACCCCUCCCAAUCAGAAAACGUGUAAGUGAGAGUGUUGUCGAUUUAGCUUUCAGGCCUUGUAUCUGUAUCUUUUCCUUGGCCGUAAAUUCCCAUUAUUUUCCAGAAGUGUGUGCAAAAAAAGGACUGUAAAACUGUAAAGCCAAGUCCAUUUCUUUAAUCACAUACUGUAAUCUGUGUAAAUUACAAAAGUGUUGAGUGAAAAUUUACACAUCUGUGUAAAUUACAAAAGUGUAAGUUGAUGUUAAAGUGAAAAACUAAGGCUGGGUUUGGUAAUGCUUUUAUUUUCCAAAAGCACUUUCAAAACCUAUAUAUGUUAAUAAUUUUUGAAA